AUGGGAGCAUCACUGGGCGAUACAACCACAAAAGAUAGAAAAGGAAAGGAUUACCAAAAGAAAACUAACGCACUAAUCACUUACUGUGAUGCUAGCAAGUUAGCCAUGACGGACUACAAACAUCCAAUUACAGUACCGAAAAUGGAAAUGAACGCAGUUACUAAGGUCAUUCUCCUAUCCGAUUCGGAAAUCGUCUCUGAACUGGAUAAAAAAGUUCCCUCCGAACGUCAAGGCACAGGACAUUAUGUCAAAAACCGAGUGAAGGAAGUGCACAGUAUAUUCGGCUACAUCGACACGAAACAAAACUCCGCGGACAUAGGAACACGAGGAGCAUCAGCAGAGGAGCUUGGUGUCUCACAUAAUGGUGGAAAGCCUACUCAAUCUGUAAGCAUAACUGAAAGCAGCAUUGGUUCAUCACUGUUCAAUAUUACACCACAAGAUAACAACCACGAAGAAAAGGAAUUGGAAAAAACCUUCAUGAAUGCAUUAACAACACGGCGACAGAAAAAAAUUAAGGACCUAAUGGACUUAUCUCGAUACAGCUGUAAAAGGAAAAGCCUUGAGAGUCCUGGCAUAUGCCAUAAUGUUCCUCCGAAACACCAUAGCCUCAUUAAGGGACCCGCUAAGAAACAAACUACAAGAACAUCUGACUCUACCUCCACGCACGACCACAAGAGAAGUAUCUCACCGCUACCGAUAUUAAACAAUCUCAUGAUGCACUGUCAGAAACCCCAAAAAAGACUUGUUGAGGAACUCAACUUAAUGAGGACAAAGACCACUUUAUUAGAGCACAUGGGCGUUCUCAACAAAUCUGACUUGGAUGAAGAACGAAAAACCCUAUUCUCGCGUUCUGCCCCACACAGAAUUAGCUCGUCUCAUAAUUAA